AUGAAAUUGUUUAAAAUAGCUUUGCUUGCAACGCUAAUGCAAAUAAUUAAAACCGAUAAUCAAGAAGAUAUGAAUGAGAAAACAAUGAACGAAAAUUUAACACUUUUGGAUGAUUGUGAAGAAAUAAUGGAACUGGAUGAAUCAGUAGAGCAGCAGAUAGUACCUGAAAUAUUAGCGGUGAAAACUUCUCGAAAUACAGAAAAUUCUCGAAAUACAAAAAUUUCUCGAAAUACAGAAAAUUCAUCUGUAAUCAAUGACAAAUUCUUCGAUACGAAAACAUCGAAUGAUGAAUUCAUUAAACCUUUCACUUCGUCACAAUCACAAACAAAUGAAAUGGAUAAAAUGAAUAAUUCUACUACAGCUAAUAUCAUAUCAUUAACAGUAAAUGAUAUAAUGAAUGCUUCACUUAAUUCAAAAAUUGAUAAAACAUUUGAAAUACAAUUAUCAGUGGAUAAAAAUGAUAAUAGAAAUGAAACAGACAUAUCAAUGAUCGAUUCGAUAUAUCUAACUGAGGAAGAAAGCAUAACUUUUUGUCAAAAAACACUUACUUGUGAGGAAAAAUUGAAAUGGCAUGAAUUGAUGUGUCAACGAAAAUAUGCAUAUCCAAAUUUAAUCAUUGAGUCUGAAACGAAACUAUUUGAUAUGUCCGUUCAAUCCGAAUUUAUUAUUAAUUCCGAAGUUGCAAAUGUAAUGGAAUCAGUAUCCAAAGUAUGUUUGAGGCCAAUAACAAGUGAUAUUCUACGACAGCUCUCAAAACUUUUGCGUAAAAUGGAAUUAAAUCGUAAAUUAUGUAUGCGUCAAACUAUUUCCAGUCAGAAUCCACUUCCAAUCAAUAAUAAAAUGAUCUGUGAAAAAAUGGUGACAGAUGACAUUCUCAAUGGGACAAAUGAUGUUGACAAGUGUAAAUUUAAUAAUUUGGAAACACGACAAAAUGCUCUUGACUAUUGCAGAGCUAUAACAGCUCCAAUGCGAAAACAAUGUACAACAUUGAGACAAUGUUGUCCAAAUUAUGCAAGUUGUACAGAACUAAUGUUGGAAAUGAAUACAUCAAAAAAGUAUGAAGAAUUAUUGAAGCAUACAAAACAGAUACAAAGUAAUUGUGAAAAAAAGAUUAUGGCAACAUUACAGUCACUUCAUUCUGCUUUCUUACCUUUUACCUGA